AUGGUUCUGAAACUUGCAAUACUGGUUAUUGUUGUUCUGUACACCUGCAGUCUGAGAGCAUUAGCUGUUAAUGAAUUUCAAUUAGUAACAUGUCAACAAUUAAGAGCAAUAAAAAACGGUUACAUUGGUUACGAGCUGAAAGAUGGUGCAAUGCGUGGUGUAGGUAGCAUCGCUUACCUGGCAUGUCACGCUUAUCAUGAUCUUCAUGGUAAUAAUGUCACCAAAUGCGGUAUUGAUGGAACAUGGCGACCAAGGCUUGGUGUUUGCCAAUUGAAGCCAGAGUACGAUGAAAACUUUUGUAAACCGUAUGAAUCCGACGGGCAACCAUUAUUGAAAUACAAACCAUCACCAAAGAUUAAUCUUGGUACCAUAAUAACCGUUGUAUGUCAACCUGGACAACGUCUUUUUGGUAAUGCAAAAUCUAAAUGCACAGGUGGUAUAUGGAAGCCAACUUUGGGAAAAUGCGUUGAUAAGGAUAAAAUAAAAACUCUUAUCACUCAUUUAAUUCAGCAAUUUAACGAUGCAAAACAUGAAAAACUGGUUAUUUCCGAUUUGACCGUUGUAUUUCGGAUAAGCAGUAGACUGCAGCAAAAAUCUAUCAAAAUGAUUGUUUACAAUAUAUUAGCAUAUGGUUUAAUUGCAAAUGUCAUGGGAGAGGGAUGUAAUUUCUUCCGUUACAAAAUUGCGCCAUGUUCACCACCAAAAUUAGCAAUUCCAUAUAUUGCUUAUAAUCCGGAAUUGAUCAAUUUGAAUGCGUUGAAAUACCCACAUGGGACAAUUGCAAUGCUUAUAUGUCCACCUAAUCACUACUUAGAAGUGGAAGGUAGCCGAUGGCGAGUUUGCAUGAAUGGAACUUGGAGUGGGUCAUUUGGGCGAUGCAAACAAUUAGGAACUUAA